AUGGGCCUCUUGAACGAUACUCACGAUCAAGAACCAGAAACACCACCUCCAGUAUGGACGCCUGCUAAGAACGAUUUUUGGAAAAAGCCUUCAAGGUGGCAGAUAUGUAUGCCACGGUUACGCCUAAUGGCGAAAGUCCUACUCGCCUUGUUAGGUGUCGCGGUGGUAUUGAAGGUCAUGAACACAAAGCCACCAUCGUCAUUAGAACCUGCUCAGGACUCGAUACCUCCACCACCAGCUCCCAUACUUACAGAAGAGCAACUCACGGAGCAAACCAUUGAAGCCGCAAGAAGAGAAGAGUGGAUAUGGAAGGACUUUCCAAUCCACGAAGGACUUACCAGAGGUACCUCGAAUUUCAACACGUGCAGAGCCGAUGAGGAGAACUGCAACGGCAGACCACCAAAGCUAGUUCGUUAUGAUGGAUACAAACAUCUGCAGGAAGACCCAGUCGACAUUGUGCAGUGUAUAGGACCUCGAGGUUUGCCAAUCAACGAGAGCGACGAGGAUGCCAUUUGGGCAUAUCCUGCUAUUCCUGCCGGUGCUGUCGAUCCUUCCAUGGGUUCGUACAAAGCUGCAGGCAUCGACGGUUCCAUUUCCUUUGAUCGCAUCGGUCGCUUUCAAGCCUAUGGGCUCGAUCAGUUCGACUACUUCGACCCUGAAGCUGAACGCAAAGCAUCCGACGUCGACUGGGAUAAAGUCAAAUGGGGCGACCUCCAGGAUGAGUGUGCCAACGCCAACAGACUGCGGUUCAAGCCUGUGAAAGAGAGAAUCGACAACUCAAUCCAGUACUCCAAUAUUCGCCAGAAGCACGACAACAGCCAGAAACAACCUCCAACCAACUCGAUGGACGCUGGCCGUAUGAGCAAAGUCAAGAGAACCGCUAUCCUGAUCAGAGUCUGGACGGGCGCGACCUGGAGCGCAGAUGCUGUCAUGAACAUUCGAGCCAUGAUUGCCGAAGCGUCUCUAGCCAGUGGUGGUAAGUAUCAAGUCUUUGUACUGCUCCACGUGAAAGACGAAGGUAUCCCUAUUUUCACGGGCGAAAACCAGCCCGAAGAGACGAUCAAGAAGUAUGUACCACCAGAGUUCCAUUCCAUCACGGAGGUCUGGAACCACGCCCAGCUGCGGACAUUGUACUCAAACAUGGCGGAGCAUGCUUUCGUUGGUCGAUCACCCUGGAUGAUCAUCCAGUGGUUCGCCCGCAACCACCCUGAGUUUGACUUCUUUUACCAAUGGGAGUUUGAUGUCAGAUUUACAGGACACUAUCUCGACUUCUUCGAAGCAGUUUCCAACUUUGGUCGCGAACAACCACGAAAGGGUAUAUGGGAAAGAGCUGGACGAAUGUACAUUCCAGAAGUUCAUGGCGAAUACAACACUGAUUAUCGCAUCUCUACCAGAGAGGAAGAUCCACACCGCGUCUGGGGUCCUGUUUCCGUCGAAGGUGUGUUACCUCGAGGACCCAAACCACCACGAGCACAAGACGAGGACAACUACGAAUGGGGUGUGGGCGAAGACGCAGACUGGAUCGGCUUUUUACCGAGUUUCAAUGUAACUGGUACUAACUGGUGGUUCCGAGACUACCUUUGGGGAUACCCUCAAGGCAGAUCGACGCCACGACGUGCCACGCUCAUUGCGCAAGGACGUGUCAGUCGACGAGUACUGGACAUUAUGAAUUACGAGAAUUCGGAGAACGGCCACCACAUUGAUGCCGAAAUGUUUCCUCAGACAAUGUGUCUGCAUCACGGCCUGAAAUCGACCUCGUUCCCACAUCCUAUAUUUGCCGACCGUCACUGGACCCCGGAGGCACUUCAGUCAACAUUCAAUGGUGGACCGUUCGGACAAUCCGGUGGCCAUUGGAACAGCUCGUUCAGCAAAUGGAAUGAAUUCGCCUGGACCAAUAUGACGUGGUAUUACAGUUCACAGCAAGCGAUGCCAGUAUAUCAACGCUUACUAGGCAUUACUGCCGGUGAAACGGGAGGACCUGAGUGGGAAGAUGCCUAUGGUCGAACAGUGGUCCGACCCAUGCUUCUGCACCCUGUUAAAGGUGCUAAGGCCGCUAAGUGGUCACCUGAGGGUUGGAAGCACAGCAUGAGUGGGAAAUGA